AUGAGGUUAUCAGCAACAUUUCUAGGCAGGUCAACGCCAAAAUGGUUUAAGCCGGGACGGAAAGGAGGUGUCCACACUUAUGAUGCCUCGCAUGGUCAAGUCGCAAUUGGAAGGAAGUUCACAAGGACGAUGGAUCAUAUGUUUGGUGUGAAUACUGGAAUAGAGAACAUGGUGAGUGAAAUUGUGGAUUCAUUAUAUUUCCAGAAAAUUUUCUUAUCAGCGAAAAGCCAAGGAAAAAUUAGACACCUGGAUCCGAAGAAAAUGAUACAAUUGAGUCUCUUAUAUGAAGAGAAAUUGGCUUAUAUUAUUGCGGAUAACGAUGAAUUGGCUGAACUGAAGAUUCAGAUCUCUGGAGUAAAGGUUCCCAAAGCUAUGGCAGAGAUUCAGGUAUACUGGGUUUGUCGAGGCGAUGAAACGGAUGUGGUAUGGACUUGCUUUUUGUUUCUUAUUUUUAAUUUAGGUAAUACAAGAGAAAUUAAGCGAGCUUUCGUUUGACCUGAGAAGAGAGUUGACUGUUCAAUGCUAUGGAACAAACGUUCCUCCGCUUAGGUUUGUCCCUGACAGAUCGGAGGUCGUCCGGAAGGUAAGUUAAUAAAUACCAUUCAUAAAAGUUCUUCUUUAGGAGAUGGACCAGCUCUUUGAGAUGGCUGAUUAUGGUGUGCAAUACCGAACCCUCAGUCAAACAGCAGCAACGUUAGGAUCCAAGAAAGAUACUGGUCAGGUUAAGGACUUGGAUAAAGUUCCUGGAUGGAAUCUAAAACGCUGA